AUGAAAAAUUCUAAUCGCAAGAACAACCAUUCAGCUAUCAAUCAAGCAUAAUUUAUUUAUGGGAAAAAACUAACCAAGAACAAUUAUUAUUAUGCAGUUAAAUGGUAAGGAUAACCCAUUUCUAACAUGUCUUGGGAGAAGUAAUCUAAUUUCACUGAAGAAUCUUCCUAUUUAAUAAGACGCUUUGAAACUAGGAUUGCCUAUUUAUUCUACAAUAAAAAGAUUUAUCCCUCCUAAGAUGGUAUAAGAGUUCAUGUUAAAAGCAAAUUUUGUUAAGUUUACACUCCCCAGAUGAAUUAAAAAAGUAAGUCUAUUUAAGAUCAUUAAUGGAAAAUGUAAAAUAUUUCUAACAAAUUCAUUUAAACCUCAUCUAUCAUCAACUAAAACUUAAAAGAUGUUACUCUUAGCACUUAGGAUUCUAAAUUUGACUCAAAAAGAGUGGUAGUACAAUUUGCUCCUCUGCCUCCUUUUAUCGGAGAAAAUUAGAUCAAGUAGAUGAUAGUUACUACCUAAUCAAUGACAAAUCUGAAUUAGGUUGUUAAAUAGGAGUCAACAAUUGAAAGAGAUAUCAAAUUACUAAACUAAAUAGAGAAAGCUUAGAAAAAGAUAAAUGAAUAAUAAAAAAUUCAAUAAAUAGAAGUUUAAAAUGAGUAACAAAAAAUUAAUAAUUAGAAAUCUUAGAUUUAAAAUAAUAGUAAAAUAGUAAAAAAAAGUUCUAAGAAGUCAAACUCAAACGAAAAGAAGAACAAAAUCAAUCAGUUAUAAUAGCAAAAGCUUCAGAGUAAUUUAGAAUCAUCUAAAGUAGAAAUUAACAAAUAAUUGUUCGAUUAAGAAAGGAAAAAGAAAUAAUGGCAAUCAUCAAGUGAUUUUAUAUCGAUUGAAAAUCAAGAUGAAUCUUUUUAGUUGGAAAUAUAAAAUUUUGAAGAGAGUAUUGAUAAAAAUUAACCUCUUAUUCAUCAUGUUAAUUAAAAGCUUAAAUAAUUUGAUAAUAAAAAUAAUUAAACAAAUUCAGAAAAAUUUCAAUUAAAUAAUAAUGGAUCAAAAAAGUAAAAAUUUAGAGCAGUAAAAUCUGGAAAUUUAAUAUCGUUUUUAAAUAUGAAUUCUUCUAAAUUAGUAUCAUCAAUAAUUGAUAGUAAUAAUAAAAACAAUGAUAAUAGUUAUUAAUAAACUAAUAAUAAAUUCAAUAAUCACAAAAAUCCUUCUAAUGAUAAUUCAAACUUAAUUGAAAUUGAUGGCGACGAUGAUAAUAAAAAUAUUUUGAAUAGGUCAUCAAAUAACAACAAAAGUGACAAUUCAAGCUCUAUAAAUAAUAUUAGUUUACAUUAAAGUAUUAAUUAUUCUGAAGAGAAGAAAACAGAAAAAGAUAACAUUUUAGAUCAAAUUAUAUAUUAAAAGCCAAAAGGGAAUGAUAAUUUAGAUUUAAACAUAUUCAAAGAACCAAAACAAUUAAACCAAGUAAAAACAAGUCAAUAAAUUUAAUAAGAGAUCUAAAAACUUCAAUUAGAUAGAAUUGCUUAAAAUAAACCAAGUAGGUGCAGUGUACCUAUAAUACCAAGAAUAAAAGAUGUCGAAAUUUAAGUUUGUUUAGUUGAUAAUCAUGAAUCUAAGAUGAUUCAGUAUGAUUAAGAAUUAAAUUAAAUAAAAAGUUACAAUAUAAUGAUUUCUAAUAUUUGCUCACAUCUGUUAAUGAAUGAGUAAUUGUUUUUUCAAUGUCAGUACGAUAAUGGUAUAGAGUAUUUUGUUGAAUAUGAUGAGUUGAAAGUCUUUAGCCCUAAAUAACUAUUAGAUUAUAUGAUAUAAAAUUCUAUAUUUAUUUGA